CCACACUACCACCACCACCACACCACCACCACUACUACCACCACCACCAUACCUCCACACCACCACCACCUUCAGCGGUGUUGUAGUCUGGAGCGCCACGGCUCCUCGUGAAGAGUUUCGAGGAGGAGGCGGUCAUGGAGAGCCGCUACAGCCUCAGGAGCCCAGCCGUGAAGCGCCUGAUGAAGGAGGCGCAGGAGCUGAGGGAGCCCACUCAGCACUACUUUGCUCAGCCACUCGAGGAUAAUCUGUUUGAGUGGCACUUCUCGGUGAGGGGACCCCCGGACUCGGACUUCGAGGGCGGCGUAUACCACGGCCGCAUCAUCCUGCCCCCAGAGUACCCCAUGCGGCCGCCCAGCAUCAUCAUGCUCACGGCGAGUGGGAGGUUUGAGGUCGGCAAGAAAAUCUGUCUCAGCAUUUCUGGCCACCACCCCGAGACCUGGCAACCUUCAUGGAGCAUCCGCACAGCGCUGCUCGCUCUGAUUGGGUUCAUGCCGACCAAGGGGGAGGGAGCCAUCGGCUCCCUCGACUACUCAGCGGAGGAGCGCAGACAGCUCGCCAAACGCUCGAGAGAGUUUGUGUGCGAGGGCUGUGGGGAGCGUUUGAGGGCGGCGUUGCCGGAGGCGGCCGAGGGGCCAGGCCCGGACGACAGCGAGGCUCACGAGCUGGCUCGGCAGAUCAGCUUCAAGCCGGAGGCGACCGCGCCAGGGACGCAACCUCCAGAGGGCAGCGGCAGCGGCGGCGGCGGUGGCGGUGGUGGUGGCAUUGACAGCGCCAGCAGUGACAGCAUCGCUUCCACAGGUCCAUCCCCCUCUCCAAGUGAACCCCAGGAAGAGAGCGGAGAAUCGGGAGCUCAGAGACUCCGUCCACCGUCGCCAGCCAGCACGGAGCCCCGGCAACGCGUGGCCACCACCGCCACCACGGCCACCACGGCCACCACCACCGCCACCACCACCUCAUCUUCAGCAGCAGCAGCAGACCCUGAGACCCGGUCUCCCUAA